AUGGGAAGUGUCCAUGAUCAACUCACUCUCCUCCAAGAUCUCAAGGUCACUGUCCACCACUCAUGCCUGGUUUUCCCAUCCCAACAAACACAGAAAAAAACCGUCUUCUUAUCAAACAUAGACCAAGUUCUCAAUUUCGAUGUCCAAACCGUUCAUUUCUUUGGCGCACACAAAGAUUUUCCUGAAUCCCAAAUUGUAGCUGAAAAAGUCCAGGAUGCCCUUGCCCAGAUAUUGGUGCCCUAUGAUUUCUUGGCAGGAAGAUUGAAGUUGAACCCCAACACAAGUCGCUUGGAGAUCGACUGCAAUGCAGCCGGAGCAGGCUUCGUGGUGGCCUCUAGUGAGUAUGCUUUGGAUGAGAUUGGAGACUUGGUUUAUCCUAAUUCAGCUUUUGCACAACUGGUUUGCACCGCUAUGGAUUCUCGUAUUCUGAACCCUGCUGCUGGCGAUGAUCAUGAUCAGCCACUUUUUAUUCUGCAGGUGACAACAUUUAAGUGUGGUGGAUUUGCGAUGGGCAUAUCAAACAACCACACAACAGUUGAUGGUUUAAGCUUCAGACUGUUCUUGGACAAUCUGGCUGCGGUGGCUGCGAACAAGCCCUUGGUGGCCAUUCCUUACAAUGACCGUCACAUCUUAGCUGCUCGAUCCCCACCCCAUGUCCCAUUCCUCCACCCUGAGUUACAAGAGCUCAAGAAUAUGUCCACCCUCGAUGACUUAAACCCUACAGUGUUUGAAGCCACCCAAGAAGAGCUUGACUUCAACAUCUUCCGGCUCACUGCCACCGACGUUGCUCGCCUGAAAGACAAGGCGAAAUCCACCACUGCUAGUAGUAGCUUUAACGUGGUCACGGCCUUCAUUUGGCGGUGCAAGGCACUAUCGUCGUCAUCAUCAUCAGACGAUGAUGAAGAUGUUAAUUACAAGAGGGCGGCAAGUAGUAGUAGUAGUAGUAGAGAAUCAAGGAUUCUUUAUGCGGUGGACAUAAGGCCGAGGCUGAAGCCUCCGCUACCCAAAGCCUACACUGGGAAUGCAGUGCUGACUGCCUACGCUUCUGCCAAGUGCAGGGAACUGGAGGAAGUGCCCUUCUCGAGAAUGGUGGAGAUGGUGUCUGAGGGAGCAACAAGGAUGACAGAUGAGUAUGCAAGAUCCGUCAUCGACUGGGGAGAGCUACACAAGGGCUUUCCUCACGGGGAGGUGCUGGUCUCAUCCUGGUGGAGAUUGGGCUUUGCUGACGUGGAGUAUCCUUGGGGGAAACCCAGGUACAGCUGUCCCGUUGUAUAUCACAGGAAGGAUAUCAUUUUGCUCUUUCCUGAACAACAAGAUAUGCAUGAAUAUUCAUCCUCAACCUCACCUACCAAUACUACUACUAUGGCUGGAAGAGCUGGUUCUGCUGGGGUUAAUAUUUUGGUGGCGCUUCCUCAUAAGGAAAUGCAAAAGUUCCAAGCCCUCUUCCAUAAGUUCUUAUUAGAUGAUUGA